AAAACUUUUUUUUCUUCUAUAUUUAAAUUAGUUUAACUCGAUACAAACCUAGAACAUGUAUUCUUUUGAAUUCUGAAACAAACCAAAAGAAACAAGAAAGAAAUAGAAAGGAAAAAACAUAGUAGCAUGCAGGACUGCAGGAGGGACCAAACAAAAUGGUCCGCUCCGGUCUCUCGUUUCUACUCCGGGACGAGAGAGAGAGAGAGAGAGAGAGAGAGAGAGAGCGCGAGCGGGGGAGGGGAAGGGGAGAAGCAAGCGAGACGUCACGGGAGCAGAGCAUAGCCUGAUAGCUCCAUUGCCGCUUGCCGGCCAUCGCCUAGCCGCCGCCCGGCUCCCGGGAAGAGAAAUCAGCCCCCAUCCCCAAUCCCUCGCCCCCCCAAAAUCCCCUGGGGAUUCGCCGAUAGGGCCCCCCCCGUGCCGCCCCGUAUUUUGCACUGCUCGCACGCGGCGACGAGCAUUGCUAUUUCCUUCUUUUUUACCUAUUAGCAUGUCUCUGCCCAAUGCCACCGCCUCGCCGCCGCCGCCGUCGCCGGAACCCUAGGCCGCCGGACUCGGGGCUCCCGUCGGCGGGGGAGGAUGCAGCUGCGGAUCUCGCCGAGCAUGCGCAGCAUCACCAUCUCCAGCAGCAAUGGCGUCGUCGACUCCAUGAAGGUGCGCGUCGCGCCGCAGCCGCCCCCGCCCCCGCCGCCGCCGCACGGGGCCGCCCGGCGCGGCGGGGGUGGCGGAGGGGGAUGGUAUUGGCGCGCGGUCGCGUUCCCGCUUGUCGUUGCGCUCGGCUGCCUCCUGCCCUUCGCCUUCAUCCUCGCCGCCGUCCCCGCGCUCGAGGCAGGCGGAAGCAAGUGCUCCUCCGUCGGUAAGAUCGACGCCUGCGAUCUCGUGGCGUUUUCUGGGUUUGGUUGCGUCGGGUUGAGUUGUUGAUUUGGUGCGUUUGGGGAGGUAAACCUUGGAUCUCAGCGCCCUUGGCGUAGGAUUUCGCGGUGUCGGUGGGAAUGUACAGAUGCUUCUCCGAGAACGUGUGAUUUGCUUGCUCGCCCAUGAGCUUCAGAUUCAAGAAGAUUGCUUGGGGAGGCGAAUAGGGCCUAGUUUCCUUGGUAGGCAGGGAGGUGAUUCUACAAGGCUGGUGCAAGAUCUGUAUAGAUUUUUUGACCAAGUUAACAAGGAGGAAUUCCCAUCCGAUGAGAAGUUACCAGAAUCAUUCAGGGAUUUCCUUUUGGAGAUGAAGGAUAACCAUUAUGAUGCUAGAACAUUUGCCGUUAGGUUGAAAGCUACGAUGGAAACCAUGGAUAAGGAGGUAAAGAGGUCAAGGUUGGCAGAACAGCUGUAUAAACAUUAUGCUGCAACAGCUAUUCCCAAAGGAAUCCAUUGUUUGUCUCUGCGCCUUACGGAUGAAUACUCCUCAAAUGCUCAUGCACGGAAACAGUUACCGCCACCAGAACUGUUACCUUUGCUUUCUGAUAAUUCCCUCCAACAUUAUAUUCUAGCCAGUGAUAAUAUUCUUGCUGCUUCAGUUGUUGUCAGCUCAAUUGUACGAUCUUCCUCACUGCCUGAGAAAGUAGUCUUUCAUGUUAUUACCGAUAAGAAAACAUAUCCUGGGAUGCAUUCGUGGUUUGCUCUUAAUUCCAUAGCUCCUGCAAUAGUUGAAGUAAAAGGUGUUCACCAGUUUGCUUGGCUGACAAGAGAAAAUGUUCCGGUACUAGAGGCUAUAGAAAACCAUCGUGGAGUCAGAAAUCACUAUCAUGGAGAUCAUGGAACAGUUUCCAGUGCAAGUGACAAUCCUAGGGUGCUUGCUUCAAAGUUGCAGGCUCGGAGCCCUAAAUACAUAUCCCUGCUGAACCAUCUCCGUAUUUAUUUGCCUGAGCUCUUUCCCAACCUCAACAAGGUGGUCUUCCUCGAUGAUGACAUUGUUGUUCAGCGUGACUUGUCUCCCCUUUGGGCGAUCAAUCUUGAAGGGAAGGUGAAUGGAGCUGUGGAAACAUGCAGAGGGGAAGACAGCUGGGUGAUGUCUAAGCGUUUCAGGACAUAUUUCAACUUCUCGCAUCCCGUGAUAGCUCGGAGUCUUGACCCAGAUGAAUGUGCUUGGGCAUAUGGUAUGAAUAUAUUUGAUCUGGCAGCUUGGAGGAAGACAAAUAUCAGGGAUACAUAUCAUUUCUGGUUGAAGGAGAAUCUAAAAUCUGGUCUUACACUCUGGAAAUUUGGUACUUUACCACCAUCCCUUAUAGCAUUUAGGGGUCAUGUGCAUGGCAUAGACCCAUCAUGGCACCUGCUUGGCUUAGGAUACCAAGACAAGACAGAUAUUGAGAGUGUCAGGAGGGCUGCAGUGAUACAUUACAAUGGACAGUGCAAGCCAUGGCUAGACAUUGCUUUUAAGAACCUACAACCAUUUUGGACAAAGCAUGUAAACUACUCCAACGACUUUGUUAAAAACUGCCAUAUUUUGGAGCCUCAGCAUGUCAAGGAAUGACCUGUAGGCUGUAGCAAAUACCGGACACACGGAGGGAGUAUAGUUUAUGAUUCGUUUGUUGGCUGGAGAGACUGACUGUUGCUGGAUGAUAAGUAUACUGGUUAAUCAAGAAAGCAACCAGCAUUCAAUGGAACUGACCAUCCCCUGUGAAAACUGCCAGGAGUUUUCAUCUGUACCAUAGGGGAACACAAUUCUUACCAUCUGUAUCAUAUUGGUGCAUCAUUCUUUCCUAUACUGUAGCUGCGCAAAAAGGGGCUCUGGGACUGGGCUGAUCCUUGGUCGCAGAACAACAUCAGAAGGCUAGAAGAUUGAAUGCUUGGUUGAUCAAGACGAAGAAAGGAGGCGGAUAUUAUGAGGUGGCAAGUUUAUAUGCUUUACAUCCAUCCAUUUAAUUCUUUUUACACUCGAGCAUUGAAAUUUUGUUCUGGUAGUUUUGUGAUUGCUUCGGUAGGUUCGAGAUGAUUGUAGUAGAGAUGCCAUUGUUUCUGGAGUAACCUACAGGAUAUUGUUACGAUUGUUGACAUACUAAAGAUGUGCAGAUAAUUCUUUCAAGAGUAUUUGCGCUAAA